CCGAGACUGCCCUAAUCCCUCAUUUUAUCAAGCUUUUCAGACUUUUGAGACAGGGAGAGACACCUAAAACGUGCUGAUGGUAUUGUGGACUGGGACUAAUACAACUGAUGAUACUCUGGAAAAAUCAUCCAUAGGAAACUCUCCUAACAGACCCAGAUCUUAGCUUCGCAGUUCACAAAUGUGGUGAGGUACUUUUGGCUUGUAUUUUAGCUGGUUGCCUCUUUUUGGACUUGUAAUUGCUCUCACUGCAGAGGCAGUGAAUGGAGAAUUCUCCCUAAGGUCAGCGUUUAAUUAAUUUCCCUCGCUCUGGCUGCUAUAGUACUCCAGGCAUCGAUCCUUCUAUUAAGAUUGCGUGGAGGUUGCCAGCGCUUUGGACCUCGGUCUUCCAGGGACUGCCGGGAGUCACCGAGUAGGGAGGUGGGAGGGGCCUUGUGCGGUUUACUAUCUGGGUGGGCGGUGGCCCGAGGCGCGGGCCCUGUGUGCUGACUAGAUUGGGCCUUGCCCCUGUCCAUCAUCGGAAGGCUGUCCGUGCGGACUGUUUUGCAGUAAGAUUUGGAAACUGAACACUGCCUAUGGAAAGGAGGGAAGUAAGGGGCGGUGAGGGUAAACGUUGUGUGUAUUUCCCCACUCAUUGGAUGGCUGCCGUGUCAGUCAAACCCUGCCCAGCUCUCGUUGGCUGGAAGGCUCCGGGCAGGUAGCGUGGCCGCGGUGCUGCCCCCUCCCGAGCUGCGAACGAGGCGUGUGACGUCUCAGAGAUUUGUUGUUGGGGUUUGGGCCUCAUUAAUUAUUCAUUAGGUACUUGAAAGGGCCGCAGUGAUUGGUGGCUGAGAGGCCUGGUCGAUUGUUUCUUACCUAGAAAUACGUGUCAUCGUCUACGCGGCUGGAGAAGUUUCGCGUAAAUUAUCCGAAGAGGGCCGGGGCGGGGCCGCGCAUAGAUUAGGCAAAUGCGCCGAGGAGGGAGGGGAGGCCGGCUACGAAUUAGCCUAAGUUAUUAAAGAUGGCGGCGGAGCGGAGUCGCUCCCCGAUGGACUCGCCGGUCCCGGCCUCUAUGUUCGCCCCCGAGCCCAGCUCCCCGGGGGCGGCCAGGGCCGCGGCGGCUGCUGCCCGGCUCCACGGCGCCUUCGACUCGGACUGCAGUGAAGACGGGGAGGCGCUCAACGGCGAGCCGGAGCUGGACCUCACCAGCAAGCUGGUUCUAGUGAGCCCUACAUCAGAGCAGUAUGACAGCCUACUUCGGCAGAUGUGGGAGAGGAUGGACGAGGGAUGCGGAGAGACCAUAUAUGUCAUUGGGCAGGGAUCAGAUGGAACUGAGUAUGGGCUAAGUGAAGCUGACAUGGAGGCCUCCUACGCCACAGUGAAGAGCAUGGCCGAACAGAUAGAGGCUGAUGUCAUCCUCCUGCGGGAACGUCAAGAAGCUGGGGGCCGUGUGCGUGAUUACCUGGUCCGAAAACGAGUAGGAGACAAUGACUUCCUGGAGGUCAGGGUAGCAGUAGUAGGCAACGUGGAUGCUGGCAAAAGCACACUCCUGGGGGUUCUGACACACGGGGAGCUGGACAAUGGCCGAGGCUUUGCCCGCCAGAAGCUCUUCCGCCACAAACACGAGAUUGAAUCUGGUCGCACCAGCAGCGUGGGCAACGACAUUCUGGGCUUUGACAGUGAAGGUAAUGUGGUGAACAAGCCAGACAGCCAUGGUGGCAGCCUGGAAUGGACAAAGAUUUGUGAGAAAUCCACUAAGGUGAUUACCUUCAUCGACUUGGCUGGCCAUGAGAAAUACCUGAAGACCACUGUCUUUGGCAUGACAGGUCAUUUGCCUGACUUCUGCAUGCUCAUGGUGGGCAGCAAUGCUGGCAUCGUGGGGAUGACCAAGGAACAUUUGGGCUUGGCAUUGGCACUCAAUGUUCCUGUCUUUGUGGUGGUCACCAAGAUUGACAUGUGUCCUGCCAACAUUCUGCAAGAAACCCUGAAGCUGUUACAGCGCCUGCUGAAGUCUCCAGGCUGCCGGAAGAUCCCUGUGUUGGUACAGAGCAAGGAUGAUGUGAUCGUUACGGCCUCCAACUUCAGCUCUGAGAGGAUGUGCCCGAUAUUCCAGAUCUCCAACGUUACAGGUGAGAACCUAGAUCUGCUGAAGAUGUUCCUCAACCUCCUCUCCCCCCGCACCAGCUACCGGGAGGAAGAGCCUGCGGAGUUUCAGAUUGAUGACACCUACUCUGUGCCAGGUGUGGGGACAGUGGUGUCAGGGACAACACUGAGAGGCCUGAUCAAGCUGAAUGACACACUGCUGCUCGGCCCAGAUCCCUUGGGUAACUUCCUGUCCAUUGCUGUCAAAUCAAUCCACCGCAAGCGCAUGCCUGUCAAAGAGGUGCGGGGUGGCCAGACAGCCUCCUUUGCACUGAAGAAGAUCAAGCGCUCAUCCAUCCGCAAAGGCAUGGUGAUGGUUUCCCCACGCUUGAAUCCCCAAGCCUCCUGGGAGUUUGAGGCUGAGAUCCUUGUCCUCCACCACCCCACCACAAUUAGCCCACGCUACCAGGCCAUGGUGCACUGUGGGAGCAUCAGGCAGACGGCUACCAUUCUGAGCAUGGACAAGGACUGUCUGCGCACCGGGGACAAGGCCACUGUGCACUUCCGCUUCAUCAAGACUCCUGAGUACCUGCACAUAGACCAGCGUCUGGUGUUCCGGGAAGGCCGCACCAAAGCGGUGGGCACCAUCACCAAGCUCCUCCAGACCACCAACAACUCCCCGAUGAACUCAAAGCCCCAGCAAAUUAAAAUGCAGUCAACAAAAAAAGGUCCCCCGACCAAGCGAGAAGAAGGAGGCCCAUCUGGAGGGCCAGCAGUAGGGGCGCCCCCUCCUGGAGACGAAGCUUGCUCUCUAGGGGCUGUGCAGCCAACCUUGUCCAGCAGUCUCCAGCCACAGCCCAAGCCCAGCAGCGGGGGCCGGCGACGGGGGGGCCAGCGUCACAAAGUGAAGUCCCAGGGGGCCUGCGUGACUCCUGCCAGCGGCUGCUGAAUCUCCCCUGGCCCACCCCCACCACCCAAGGGAUCCUUGUACUCUGGCCACUGUUUCACCAGAUGAGCCAAAGCAGCUCUGACCACCACCCGCCCUCCCCCAGGCCACAGCUGGAGCCUCAUCAUUCCCCACUCCUCCACCACCCCCAUUUUCCAGAGGGGUUGUAAUUUAUAAGCUGAGGAAGGUGGCCAGACUUCUGGAGGACUGACCAUCAUCCACCUUCUUCCCUGCCUUCUUCCUUACUCACAUUUUUUGUACAUCUGGGCCCUUAGUUUUUAUUCUUUUUAUUAUCUCUUUCUCUCUCUCUCUCUCUAGUGUGUGUGUGCACGUGCGUGUAUGUGUGUGCGUGUGUGUGUGUGUGCGCGUGUGUGGUAUAGAAGUGCAGCCGGUCAGGGCCCUGGCAGUCUUUCUCCUUUUUUCCUCUAUGAGCUGGCCACCAGCCUCCAGGAGCUGGCUGCCUGCCCAUCUGUCCAUCUGUCUGUGUGUCUGACAACUUUUAGGGGCUUUCAGGAGCUAAAGAGCACCCAUGUCUCCUGUGCUUGCCAUCCUCCCCUGUGCUCACUCCUCUGCGCCCAGAGCCCUCCACAGAGCCGGACUCGGGGCUUAGGGGCUUCAUAAGUGCUGCUACCAGAGCAGGGAGCAUGCCUUCUGGGACUAGGGGGGCUUUCAACAGAAUGGAGAGUAGUGGCCUCCUUUUUUCCCCCUCUCUCUUCCUUUUUUCCACCCUUAAGCCCAAAAACAGGUAAUGCCAAAAGCUCUUAAGCUGUAACCUGUACAUGUGUGGAGGGGAGUGGCACUUGGAUUGUAGGACCCUCCUCCCUGCCCCUAACUCUGACCCUUGCCACUGACCCAAAGACAGCUUAUGGUUUUCUUUCCCCUUGGAGACAAUCCUGUGUUUGCCUGGCCAGGCCAGGGAAACUCCUGCUUUGCUGAUUCUGAGCUGGAGGCUCUGGCCCUUGAACUUUCUACGAAUCUUGCUGGGUUUUGGGGCACUGCUGACCUAGACUAGGAUUGGCUUGCUCUGGGUCACACUCACCAGCACCUCCUAUUGGUGGGGGUGCGAGGUGUUCCUUUGAGCCAGGCCAGGACUGGAACACCUCCUUCCUCACUAUAGCCCCACUAUGUUGACCCAGCAUGGCUGCUAUAGGAGCACAACAGGGCAGGGCCUGAGCCCCAGUUUGGGAAGCCCCAUUUGGGGUGUGGGCAGGGCAGGUAGGAGUAGUGAAAGAUUCUUUCAGGUCCAGCACAGACCAUCAUUCAGCCCUCUAGAAUAUUCACUGCCUGGGGUGGGGGUGGGGUCAGAGUCACUCAGGCCAGAGAUGGCAAUGUGGGGUCCAAACCAGACUGGCCUGAGCUGUGGCCAGAAGCCCUCGGUUUAGGGUAGACUGGUGGGUGGAGAUGUGUUCUUUCUAGCCAGGGCAGACACCCAGCUGGCUGGGUCCUUCCUCAGCCUUGCCUCCCUCCCAUCCCUGUCCCUUCUCCAUUAUUCCUGCUUCUUGACUGCUGGUUCCCUCCCCUCCCCUCCUUCCACCUAUUUCCAGUUACCACUGACCCAUGGCCAUGGACUGACCAGACCAGCACAAAAAAUAAAAGUUUGUUCCAAGUUGAUGGUGUGAUGUUCCCUGCCCAGGCCCUCCAGGUGGAGGUGCUGCUGUGGGGAGCGCUGGCUGUGCCUGCCCUAGAGCCCCCACCUGCGGAGCAGGGCAGGGUUGGGAGGAGCCCAGCUUCUCUCAGGCAUAUGCAGGCUCUCUGGCAGAUGUGACAAAGGACAAGUUGCCAGUCUUCCCUGAACUUGUUUCCUCCUCUAGAUCGAGAGGUAAACAAAUGCCUGUGUCGUGGUGGUUGUGAGGGUCAGUGAGAAACUGUGUGGUAAGGCUCUGAUGUGACCUGCAUGUGGGAGGUGCCUUGUGGCUUCCCGCUGCGCCAGCUCCUGAGUCCAUGGGGCAGUGGGCAGGCUUGAAGGGAGAAAUAUGUUGACCUGUCUCUCUGCUGUGGCUAUGCUGUGCUGGAUGUCUCCCUCACUCAUGUGCUUUGAUUUUGAAGCUACCAUCUAGGAGAGAGAUGGUGUUCCAUUUUUCUAGGUUAGGAAACAGAAUCUCAGAGGAGCAGCGCCGCUAGUAGGCAUGUCUGUUCCUGCAUCAGCCAUUGGUAGGCAGCCGCUCCACCCUGUGUCCUUUGGCCCCCGUCUGCUCCUUUGUGUGCUAUUUACUUCUUGCUUUUUUACUCUGGUUCUGCUUAUAGGGAUUGUUGCACACUGGUGCCUUCAUAAGAGGAAGGCUCCAGCAUUGAGUACCCCUCUGCUCUGUCCCUGUGGCAGGUGCUGUGGGGUGCAUGUUUCCACAGGACUUCACCAGGGUGAGACCUUGUUUGGUUUGAACUCUUUUGCUCCUAAGAGCAUAAUAACCCUUUUUUUUUUUUACAUUUGGAAGCUCUGGCAUCUCCCCUGGCCUCUGCCCUCAGACACACAGGAGGUUGGUCUGAUCUUUCUGGUCACCAGGCCUACACCUGCUAGCAGGGGCUGACUGAAUACAGUGUUUUACUGUCAUUAACAGGGACUCCAAGGUCCUCUACGGGUCUCAGCCCCACCAACUCUCACUUUGGAACAAAACACCAGCCCUUUUGUAGCUAAUAAUAAAGUUGUUAAUUGAUUAUCUCGAAUAGC